AUGAUAAAUGACUUAUUUCGAACAGCACGAGAAACUGAUCCGAAGGCAUUUUUACCAAAUUUUAAUCUAUCUCCUCAUGAUGGGAUCCAUUUUAUUGAGCUUAUUGUUUAUAUCACAGAUCCUGGAUAUAACGCUUCCAAUCAAGAAAGUGCCAUGGUAAUGACGGCAUUCGAUAGAGGCAAG